AGCAAAUAAAUGACUUUGCAACGAGGAAGCACGAGUAUACUGGCAUCACACUUUAAGAAAAUUAACUUUUUAAGUGUAUUGUUCUCGCUGUAAGCGAAUGUCCUACGUGUAGUUCAAUUUUACGCGCAGAAUUCUUAAUUUUACAUAACCCGGGCGCGAUGGAUAUACAAAAAUUGAAUGAAACGUCUUCUGCUUUUUCGGAUUGUGUGAGAGCGCAAAACAACUCAUCCUUGAACAGUACGGCAAAUAUGACCGUGGAAGUUAUCAACACCACCACCUGUGGAAACGCAUCAGUCGGUCCGAAACUGCAACCCGCGAGGCCGAAAGAGAUGGACUCUGUGCGGAUCCUGCUGUACUCGCUCAUAUUCCUGCUCAGCGUGUUUGGGAACCUGCUGAUCAUCGCCGUGCUCACGCUGAACAAGCGCAUGCGCACCGUGACCAACUCCUUCCUGCUGUCGCUGGCGCUGAGCGACCUGAUGAUGGCGGUGUUCUGCAUGCCCUUCACCCUCAUCCCCAACCUGCUGGGGGACUUCAUCUUCGGGGCCGCCAUGUGCAAGAUCGUCGCCUACUUCAUGGGAAUCUCCGUCAGCAUCUCCACCUUCAGCCUGGUGGCCAUCGCCAUCGAGCGCUACAGCGCCAUCUGCAACCCGCUGAAGUCCCGCGCCUGGCAGACCCGGUCCCACGCCUACCGCGUCAUCACCGCCACCUGGAUCCUGUCCUUCCUCAUCAUGGUGCCCUACCCCGUCUUCAGCGUGCUGGUCGCCUUCAACAAGCCCCACCGCGCCACCCGCCACAUGUGUCGCCUGGACUGGCCCAUGAGCCACUUCGAGCAGACCUGGUACAUACUGCUGCUCUCCGUGCUGUUCUUCAUCCCUGGAGUGGUGAUGAUAGUCGCUUACGGCCUCAUCUCGCGGGAGCUGUACCGCGGGAUACAGUUUGAGCUGGACCAGAAGAAGCAGGCGGGCGAAACGAAGAACGGCCUGACGGCCACGGUGUCGUCGGGGAGCGACGAGGGCGACGGCUGCUACGUGCAGGUGGCCAAGCGGCCCGUCGCCAUGGAGAUGUCGGCGCUGACGCCGGCGGGCGGGGCCAAGGUGGAGCGCCCGCGCUCCAACACGUCGCAGGCCAAGCUGAUGGCCAAGAAGCGCGUGAUCCGCAUGCUGAUGGUGAUCGUGGCCAUGUUCUUCACCUGCUGGAUGCCGCUGUACUCCGUCAACACCUGGAAGGCCUUCGACCCGCGCUCUGCCCACCGCGCGCUCUCGGGCGCGCCCAUCUCCUUCAUCCACCUGCUGUCCUACACCUCGGCCUGCGUCAACCCCGUCAUCUACUGCUUCAUGAACAAGCGCUUCCGCAAGGCGCUGCUGGCCACGUUCGGCUGCUGCCCGCGCCCCUGCCCCCCCCGGCCCCGCCCCCGGGACGACGACAUCACCACCACCGCCGCCUCGCUCUCCAAGUUCAGCUACACCACCGUCAGCACCGUCGGCCCCACCUGA